AUGGCCCGCGCCGCCAUUCCAUUCGCGGUUACAAACGUGACUACCUGGACAUACGAGGCGCUCAAGGUUUAUGUGGGACAAAACAGGAGCAAGAAACCGAAGUGUUACUUUCUAAGCUUCUUCGGUUGGUCGUACGAGGAAUACGUCCAAGCAAGGGAAUACACCAUCACUGAGCUGGAGACACAACCUUUCGGUAACACCGCAGGUUUCCCCACUGCCGGUCCUAAGGCCAGACUACGCCAUGUGAUACAGAAGAAGCUAGUCCGCGAACACCCCGAUCUUUUCGUCGAACGACAUGGCUCGGACCCGCCUACGUGGUUUGUGCCCGAAUUCAUCAGUGCCGAACCCAUCUCAGACCAGCCAUACAACAGCAAGAAUGUUACUCAGCAGUUCAUAGCAGCUAUGAACUUGCACAGGAAGGCCCAAAAGAGGAACGAAUUCCAACACAAUCACGAAAAUGAUGAAGACGAAGACGAAGAUCGCAACGACCAGCCUCAGACUAAACGGCAACGGACCACUAUGACAGAAAGAGCCACACCAUUCCCUGUGAUCUCCUCCAUGUCUAUGCCUCCUAGCCCAUCCGCCACAGCAACCGGCUCACAAGCCAGUGAAAUAGGACAGCCAUUUGAGAGAUCGAAACUACUCAACCGGGACAGGAUGGGAGUCGGACAGGCUAUCACAUCUUUGAGUCAAAUUAACCCGUCAUGUUUGAUACUAUACAUCACUCGCGUCAUGAUCGUCGAUCAACAGCUUUUGGUCAACCGUCAACGCUUUGGCAUUGUCGAGAAUCUCUUCGAUCAAAAUCGGCUAGACGAGGCGCGUCUCGACGAACUUCUCUUUGGUUAUCCUCUAGACGACAGCCCCUUGUUCCUCUGGUUCUUUCACGGAAGCACGAACGACAAGCCUAGAGCCAUAAGAAACAGGCCCAAUGCUGAAGCUGCUAUAAUUUUGCUGAAAGCACGCGCAGUGAGAGCAGGAGCCGAGGCAAUCCAGUUGUUCGAUGCUCUGGAUAGCGAUACAGCAGGAUUGUUACCCGCUCACGAAGUCAACCGCACGACUGAUUUUGCAGAGCAUGACAGCUUCGAGCUUGAAAUUGACGAUGGAGAUGAUGACAAGGACGAAGGGUCAGAGAAACCGUCUAGAGUCGACUCAGCUUAUGGUUCCAGAGACGGAGGCAGCUUCGAAGGAGAGAAGUCGAGACUCGACGAUGAGGCGAUCGCACAGAAAACUGAUCUUGACCCUGUCAUCAAGCGCGAGAGAGUAGAACAGGAACAGGAGCCGGAGCCGGAUCAGCAGCAGAAAGUCGACAGCGACAGCGACAGCGACAGCGACAGCGAAAGUGAGUCUGAUGAAGACGAGGAUAUCUCACGGUUCUAUCGAUGA